CUUUAAUCUUCAGGGAGAAACGUCAUUUUGGCGUUUGCAUCAGUGUGUUUUUACACUCACAGGCUGAGAUUUUAGUUCAUUUGUUUGUGUUAAACCAUCUAAAUGUUUAAAUCCUCUCUGACUCACUGUCAAACCUAUUAUUAGAGGCUCAGAGGGGUGACAGAUCUCAACGUUACAGCGCGCCCCUGUGGCAGCGUGCAGAAGCCUCACUCACUCUUUUGCUCUUGAGAAAUUCCAGCAUCGACGAGUACUUCGAAUACUCCUGCUGUGCAGCGUCAUGUGACGACCUGGACCCCCCCCCGCAGUGUGGCCUGCACAUCCCCACGUCUAUGCUGACAGGACCCCCUGAGAUGUCUGAGAGAGAGAGAGAGAGAGAGAGAGAGAGAGAGAGAGAGAGGAGAAAGAUAGAGAGAGAGAGAGAAAAGCCAAGUGGGCGUGAUUUCAAACUGCAAGGCCUCGACUGAUGAUCAAUAAGAACCUCUAUGUUUAAACCCAAUGCAUUGUUACCUUGUCCAAUAUAUACAACAUGGCUCUGUCUCUUGCAGCACGCUCUCUGUGUGAACAGAUUUCUGUGAUCUGUGUGUCUGCUCAACACUCCAGUCCCUUGAAAGCACAAGAAAUGCACAUGUUGAAGCCCCACAGACGUUGUUCACACUCACAAAGUCCAGUCAGUUCAUUUAAAGCUAUGGGCAUCACGUUUUCCAUCACACACACAGGGAUUAACCAGGAGCCGCAUCAGUAGCAGUGAAGGAACCAAGCAGAAUAAUGCAGUACUUACAGGUCAGGUGGAGCAGACCCAGCAGGAGCAUGAGAGGAGGAACGUCCAUGGCUUCAGUCCAAAGCUACUCCUCAGCUGCCGGAUCCUGACUGUCCCUCUGCUCCAGCGCCUCUGAUAUUUAAAGGGUUGAGCCGAAGCCUCCAAAACAAGGCGUUGGAUCAAAUCGCUAAUCAAAUUUCAAUGCAGAGUGGGAAGGUGGUCUUCAAAGGAAGCCUCCGCGUCCUGUCUGUUUCUGCUACGAGGACCUGCGGCUCUAGUGUGUCGCCCGGGCCUGAGCUGGCGCUAAUAAAGGGCUUAAGUAGCCUAGAACCGUUAAAGUGUCGCUCAGUCAAAGGCAUUAAUCAUCUUUUAUCUCAGGGGGAAGGUGUUUAGCACCUCGGGGUUAAAACAAAACCCGGCCAAAACACAUAAACAGGAUCAGCGUGGGGCCCUGGUCCUGGAAACUCCAGCACCUUUGUGUUUAUUCAUCGUGGCACCAAAUGGCCAGACCUCUCAGAACUUCCCUUAAGGAGUCUUCUUGAAAAAGUACGAGGUUGAAUCACGUCGUCUGUAUUAACGCUGGAGGUUCACAUGGUUUUCUAAAGAACCCAGUUGGGAAAGAAGAACUAAUAAAACACACAUUAUUAAUGAAAAGUUCCCCAUUUGUUCCAAACGUUGGUCUUUGUGACAGUCACGUCCGUGGAUCCUCCUGGUUUCUACCUCUUCAUAAAAUGCUGAUUAUGCUUUGAAGUGCUGAUGUGAUCCCUCAUCUUCACGCGGAUCAACAGAUCAUCAUCACUCAGACACCUUGAUUAGGGCGACGGCUCCCACGGUUUCUAUUGUUUCCGUUCAUUAAAUCUUACUGAAAUCCGAUCACAAUCUUGAUAAAACACAGUUUUAGUCUCCGUGAUUUCUUAAUUUAAUCAUGUAGCGCACAGAGUUUGUUUGAGCUUCAUGGAGUUCACCACCACAUGAACAAAACAAUUCAUCUGGGGACGUUUUUGUAAAUCAUUAAAGAGCCUGAAGCUAUUUUUAAUGUCUUCCUGGUGACUGGUUUGCUGAGUGACUCCCAGCUUCUGGUGCCGGCGUGGACUCUCCUUCACCGCUGCACGUGCUGAGACGAUCACCCAGGUGCUGAUUGGAUUAACAUGACUCAUCUGUGACAUGGACCUGCAGCUUAUGCUUCCCAGCGCCGGGUGAUGGGGUGACGGUGGCAGACAGUCCACUGCUCCGUGUCUGGGUCGCUGUCCUACUGAGGACACCUUCACACACCAUUUGUUAUUCAGACACAGGGAAGAUGUGAAAGCAACACAUCUUUACUACGUUUGAAUGAAAGAUUAUCUUUUAUACUGUUAAAGCAUGUAUCAUAUUGUUAAUAUGUAGUUCUAGAUUUUCAUUUAGUACUUUGGAGACUACAAUGACAUUAAGCCCCCUAAAUACAAUGAAAGUCCUGAAUUUGGAUCCUGUUAACAGUUACAUCCAUUUCUAAAUGUCCUAAUAAUGAUGAUGGUGGUGAUGUUGAGCAGCUUAUCCUUCAAUGUCCCCUUCAAGCACCUGUACCCGUCUGGGUUCACGUCAAGCCCCUGUAAAGCCUGUGUCCUGUGUCUGCAGAGGGAGGAGUCCCAGAGUCUGGGUUACAGGACAGCAGCUCCAGGUCACACAGAGCGGGAGCAGUGGAGCGAUCAGAGCAUCUGUCACACUUCGCUCUGGUGUCUGGGAGCGCCACCAUGUAUUUGACCGGCAGGAACAACGCAAUCAACAUAGAAAAGAGCAGGAAGAACCUAAAGGGGAAAACAUGGGCCCAGCUGAAGACGCCGCCGCUGCAGGAGGCCGUCCUCACACCCUCACCCCGGAUGGCGGAGGCGAAGGGGGGCGCGGCCGACGGAGGGGAGGCGCCGCGGCGCACGGCUUUGGCGAAGGCCUUGUACGACCUGACCCACACAGAGGCGGUGCUGGAUGACCUGGCGUCCGGGCGACGGGUGGGCUUCUACCAGCUGAGGGGGGAGAUCGGCUCCGGCAGCUUCUCCCAGGUCAGACUGGGGAUACACGACCUGACCCGAGAGCGGGUGGCGGUGAAGAUCCUGGAUAAGGCGCGUCUGGGCGGGCGCUCGCGGGCGCUGCUGGCGUCGGAGGUGUCCUGCAUGGAGCGGCUGGCGCACCCCCACAUCGUGCGCCUGUACGAGGUGGCCGACACCGCCCGCCGCCUCUACCUGGUGAUGGAGCACGCCGGCGGAGGGGAGCUCUUCUCCCGCAUCAGCACCAGGGGGCGCAUGUCCGACCUGGAGGCCCGGCUCGCCUUCGCACAGAUCCUGUCUGCAGUCAAGUACAUGCAUGAUGAGCAUGUUGUCCACAGGGACCUGAAGGCUGAGAACAUCUUCUACAGCAGCGCCUGCUGCAUUAAAGUGGGUGACUUCGGCUUCAGCGCCUCCUGCCGCCCCAGCGACAUCCUCCACUCCUUCUGCGGCUCGCCGCCCUACGCGGCUCCGGAGCUCCUCAGAGACAAGGGCUACGUGGCCCACUUUGCGGACCUCUGGGCUCUGGGCGUCCUGCUCUACUUCAUGGUGACGGCCACCAUGCCGUUCCAGGCCGCCACCGCGGGGCGGCUGAGGCGCUGCAUCCUGCAGGGCUCCUACGCCGUCCCCUCCCAUGUGCCCGGGUCGUGUCGGGAGGUCAUCGCGGGCCUCCUGAGGCUGGUGCCCGUGGACCGGCUCACUCCGCCUCAGAUCAUGGCCGGCGGCUGGAUGAGAGGCAUCCAGUCCCCCCAGGCCUACUCCUCCUGCAGCCCCACGCCCUCGCGCCUCGGGGACCCCGCCUACGACCCCAGCCCGGACGAGCUGGUGGUGAAGGCAGCGCUGGAGGACCUGGGCAUCACCAGGCUGCACCUCAACAGCAGCUCGGACCUGAGGAGCCCCGUCACCGGCUGCUACCGGAUUCUGCUGCACCGCCGCCAGAGGAAGAGCUCGGCGGAGGCUCUCCAGCCGCGCGCGGAACGGUCACGAGUCCGAAUGAAGUGGCGAGCCGGCUCUGACGGCGCGCUGAACAGGCGCGACUCCGCCGUCUGCCUCAUCAUGUGAGGAGCACGGCCGCACGUCUGCACGAGGCCGCGCUCCCGCGCCUCUCGUUAUUUACGGCCCUGCAAGUACACGGUUGUUCAGAGUGAAGGAAAGUAGCUGUUACAACGGUUUUGGGCUCAGGUAGAACAGUACUGAUUGUUGUGGCAAUAAAUACAAUGCAGGGUCCAAAUACCUGCUGCUGUGCAAUACCUCAUUACUGCUUUCAUCUGAGCUUUUUAUGAUUUAUGCGUCACUACUCGGCUCUAAACCUGUACAGACUCCUCUUCUCAUGCUGCCGUUAUGAGGUUUAUGCUUUUAUAUAUAUUAUAAGUCAUCGUUGUAUGACCUACUUUUUUGUGUUUUCACAUUUACCUGCUCAUGGGUUCCAUUUCCAGUAGUUCGUGGCCAGCUUUCAUCCUCUUCUGCCCUUUGAUGAGAGCCUGACGAGGCCCUCGUCGCCGUGCCAACGGGCCGUUUCUCUCUGCCCCGGCUUGUAGCAGCGGCGGCUGCAGCACAUGUCAGCGGCGUUGUGGUCUAAACAAGAAGCGACGGCGCCCCGGCAUCACAAGCCUCUCCAAGCUGUAACCUAAUGCUCUGACCUCUGAAGGUGGCAUCUAUUAGUCAUGCCGAAUGCAAUUUCAGGCGUCCAUCAAUGCUGCGUGUUCUAUUAAUGUCUUCGUAAUUGUUAUGAAUUCGUCAGGUGAUCUAUCACCUCUUCCUUUGGGCUAAACUGGCAGCUGAUUCAAACAAAUACUGCACCUGUGUGCCACGGAUUAUUUCCUUUUCACUGUAAAUUGCCUCACUUCACCUUUUUAGCAACCGUUCCAUCAUCUCAAUUGCUACCAAUGUGUACAUUAAUUGAGCAGAUUUGUUCAUACUUUUGCUUUAAUCAACAAGUUCCAGGUAAUGACACACUGCUGGGUAUGUGCCUCUAUUGUCUGAUAAUGUUGCCAUGGAGCCUCCUUUAGCACGUUGCAUUUUGGAAGACGAGACCUCCACAAUGCACUGAUGUGUGGAAGUCAUCAAUCUGAGCAGACAGUAAAGUCAAACUGCAUUACUCAUAGUGAGAUUUUAUCAGCUGCGUGUCCCAGCAGUUCUCACAAAUGUCCGUGGAAAUGGGAACGUAAUGUGUGUGGAUCAAUGAGCAAACGCAGCGGCAUGUCAGACUAGAAACUGGUUGUAAAUCAACAAAUGUCACAUCCACAGACUUCUAAAUCUCCCUGGUUUAUUUCCUAUUCACUUUGCAGUGCACAGAGAAAAAGACAGGCUGUGACAUGUAAAACCUGAACUCACACUGUUGUAUAUGGUUUUAUUAAGGUAAAGGGCACUGGUUUUGAUAUAAGUGAUUUCCUAUGACUUUAAAAGAGUCACUUCAAAGGUUUAUUGUCUGAGACUGGUUACAUAUCUACUGGUUACACUGGACUCAUGUUUGUGAUGAUGCCGAUAGGUGAUACAUUAGACACAGACUAGUCAUAUUCACCACCAUCAGGUCGUCUUCUCAGUUUUGUCAGUUGAAAUAGAAAAACA